CCUGGCCCACCAUGUCCCUCAAGCCGAUGCAGUCGCUCCGCGACCUGUUUCGGUGGAAGAUCCGGACGACGGUGAUCGACGAAAACGGUGUCGAACGCGUCGAAUGGGAAUCGCCGACGCGGCCCGCCAACCCGUUCCGGCUGCUCGCCUCGCUGAGCCUGAUAGGCUGGGGGGCCUACCUGAUCGGUUUUGCAGCCUGGACCGCCGACGCAUUUGACUUCCACACGCUCAGCAUCCAGACCACCAAGCUCGCCAAUCACUUUGACGUUUCCAAGACCAAGAUGACAGAAACGGUUACGCUCACCCUUCUCCUGCGCUCCGUCGGCGCCGCCCUCUUCGGUGUCUUCGCUGAUUACUUUGGACGCAAGUGGCCGCUAGUCCUCAACUUGUGGAUCCUCGGCGCGCUGCAGAUUGGUUCUAUUUACGCCAGGAACUUUAACGAAUUCCUCGCCGCUCGUGCCCUAUUCGGCUUGGCUAUGGGAGGUAUAUAUGGAAGCGCAAGCGCCAUGGCGCUCGAGAAUAUCCCUGCCGAGGCACGUGGACUCAUGUCUGGCAUCUUUCAGCAGGGUUACAGUUUUGGCUACGUCCUCGCAGCUUGCGUCAACCUCGGUGUCGGCGGUUCGGUCGAGUCGUGGCCAAUCGGCUUUUGGGUCGGCGCCGGCAUGUCCUUUUUCGUUGGUGUGCUCCGCGCUUUUUUCCCGGAGAGCAAGCAGUUCAUCGAGGCGCGCAAGGAAACCAAGGGAGCUGGUACAGCCAAUUUCCGAAAAUCCUUCGUCGUCAUGCUCAAGAAGGAGUGGAAAGUGUGCCUCUAUGCAAUCGUCAUCAUGUCGUGGUUCAACUGGUUCAGCCACUCCUCGCAGGACUCAUACACGACCUUCAUGCUCGUCGGCAAGGGCCUGAACAGCGCCGCCGCGUCUCGCGCUUCAAUCCUGAUGAAGACCGGCGCAUGCGUCGGCGGGACGAUCGUUGGGUACAUGUCGCAGUGGAUCGGACGACGCAGGGCAAUGGUCUUGGCAUGCAUCAUGACCUGCGCAAUGAUCGCUCCUUGGGUCCUGCCCACUACCGAAGGCGGCCUCGAGGCUGGUGGCUUCAUGAUUCAAUUCUUUGUGCAAGGCGCCUGGGGUGUCGUCCCCGUCUACCUGAGUGAGAUCUCGCCACCUGCCUUCCGCGCCAUUUUUGUCGGCCUCACGUACCAGCUUGGCAAUGCGAUCAGCGCACCCAGCACACAGCUCAUUAACUACUUGUCCGAGAACAAUUUCACUUCAGGCCCCGGCGGUCGCCGCGUGCAAGCCUAUGGCCCCGUCAUGGCGAUCGCAACAGCGAUCAUUGCCGCUGGCCUCGCUAUCACCGCCGCCUUUGGGCCCGAAAAGAAAGGCGCAAACUUUGAAGCGGCUGCUGCUGCCACUACGGUGCAGAACACCACAGACGCCAACGCUGCUGGGCCGUCGGACCUCAAGAGCGCUACGUGGAAGACUGACAGCAAGGAUGAUGGGCUGGACGACGAGAAGAAGGACGGCAGCGAGGUGGAUGUCCGCGUCGCUUAAGAGAGAAGGCGCCAGGCGAUUUUUUUUGGGUA